GGGCCUGUCGGCCUCUUUCCUGCCGCCGCCGCCGAGCAGCGCGGAGGCGAGGCCUGGGUGCGUUCAAGAUUCGGCUUCACUCGUAACCCACCGCCAUGGCCGAGGAAGGCAUCGCUGCUGGAGGUGUAAUGGACGUGAACACUGCUCUGCAAGAGGUGCUCAAGACCGCCCUCAUCCACGACGGCCUCGCGCGUGGCAUCCGUGAAGCCGCCAAAGCCUUAGACAAGCGCCAAGCCCACCUCUGUGUGCUAGCAUCUAACUGUGAUGAGCCCAUGUAUGUCAAGUUGGUAGAGGCCCUGUGUGCCGAACACCAGAUCAACCUCAUUAAGGUUGAUGACAACAAGAAACUUGGGGAAUGGGUAGGCCUCUGUAAAAUUGACCGAGAGGGGAAACCCCGUAAAGUGGUUGGCUGCAGUUGCGUAGUCGUUAAGGACUAUGGCAAAGAAUCUCAAGCCAAAGAUGUCAUUGAAGAAUACUUCAAAUGCAAGAAAUGAAUAAAUAAACGUUUGGCUCAUA